GGUUUAAGGCUGGGAAUGCGAGGGCCAAAGUGCACUAAGCCAGGAGAAACGAGACUGGGUGGCUCAGCCCUCACACUCCCUCUUUGGUUUUGUAUCUGCAGCUUCUUCAGCAACUAUGUCUCAUAAACCCGAUAUGGCCGAGAUUGAGAAAUUCGAUAAGUCGAAAUUGAAGAAGACAGAAACGCAAGAGAAAAAUCCACUGCUUUCCAAAGAAACGAUUGAACAGGAGAAACAAGCAGGCGAAUAGUAAUUGAGGCCUUCACCGCCAAUAUGCACUGUACAUUCCACAAGCAUUGCCUUCUUAUUUUACUUCUUUUAGCUGUUUAACUUUGUAAGCUGCAAAGAGUUUGGAUCAGUUUAAAUGACUGUGCUGCCCUUUUUCAUAUCAGAAUUACUGACAAUGAAGGCUACACCUGCCUCUCCUAUCUGCCUCUCUAGCUGGCGGGGAAG